AGAGUGGACCCCACUUUUAACAAUUUAACAAUAACAAUUUAUUAACAAUAAUGUACAAAGAAAGAUUUUUGACGUGCUGCAUUUUAAAAAUAACUUUUACUGAUAGUUCCUUUAAUUUGAUUUUUGAGAUAAAAGAAAUGAAACACUAAUAAAACCGGCAGUAUCGUGUGUUGUAGGUAUGCUGUGUGGGAACAGGAAAGGGUUCAUUCAACGCUCAGUAUAAGCUUACGGGUUUUCUUUUAGUACUUACACAAAAGCCGCGAAGUGUAGUUCAGAACUCCCGGCGGUUGGGUAAGGCGCGUGUUUAAAUAUAUUCGAUUGGUUGAGUUAUAGAUCGCGCGCCAACCGGAUUGGUUUCUUUUCAUGUUUAAUGCAUAAUUUCGAGUGUGAAUUGUGUAAAGUGCCGUGUUUUCAUAAUGUAUUAAGUGAAAAUUGAUAAUUUUGAUGGCAAUAUCUUGUAAAAUAGUGACAACUGCGUAUUAUCAUUGAAUAAAUACUGAACUAUGACUUUACGGUAUGUCGAAAAUGGCAUCAAAUAACAACUCUUCGAUAUCAUUAACACAAGAUAUUGGGUCGUCGAAAAUCACUUCUCGAGCUUCAGUAAGACCUUCUAAUCUGGAUCUCAGCUUGAAAUCAAAUAAUUUGGAAAUAAUGGAUGACUCCAUUCCUACAACACCACUAUUAGAGGAACGUGAAGAAGCUAGUGAAAACUUGAUAGCAAAAAACUCUCAAUAUUUAGAUGCCAAUCAAAAUUCAACUAACACUGUUCAUUCAGAAUCCCCCAACUACUGCUCCAGAUUAAAAUCACACGUUAUACCAAUAAACUCUCCUCCAUCAGGUAAAAAUCCCAAGAAUUUAAUGGAGAGCAUAUUGGUUGCAAAAAUGGAACAAGCAUCACUGGGUCAUCCUGGUAGGCAGUUGGUGAGAACUGAUAGCGCCGACUCCGCUAGCUCUUUUGGAUCCGUUAAUUCUCAAAAAGCAGGUGAUGUGUGUAGAUGCGACGAUUGCUUAUUGGGAAUUGGUGAUUAUUGGCAACAGGAUAAUUCUGAAGAAAAAAGAAGAAAGGUAAGCACUAUUGGUUACAUUAGAAUCUGAAAGGGUAAGUAAUUCAUUACUGUUUCAACUAUUAUGACCAUAUCGUCAUGUGUUGAGGCAAGCAGUAACAUGUUUGAAUCUAUUCCGGCUAUAGAUUCGUUUCAAA